AUGUCUUCCCGCUCGCGCGACCGCGGUACCACCGUCAUCUCGGCCGAAGAGCGCGCCAGACGCAUCACGGAGGCCAAGAGCAAGAUUCGCGAGAACGCGACCUUCACUCCGGCUCUUCUGGGCCGCAUCGAGUCUCGCAUCGACUCCAACGCCUUUCGUCGUUGCAUCUCGGACAACACCAUCUACCAGUCCCUCUGCAACUCGCUCAAGGACAAGAACGUCCCCGAGCGCGAACGUCGUCCCGAUCUCGUCGACUUUCUCGCCCUUGAGGCCAUCGUCGCCGUCAACUAUGACGGUGAGUACAACAAGGUCCUGAAGGACCUCUUCAUCCGCUGCAACACUGCCGCCUGGGUCGACAAGGCGGUUCUCGCGGCCAAUCAGGAGUGGUACCGCGAUAACCUCUCUGAUGCCCGCAAGUUCAUCAAGACUCUCAUCAACAAGGUUGACUCCCAACUCUUGGAGAUCAUCCUCGAGGACAUCGAUACUAGCUUCUGGCGUCAGACUCUCAACGACCAUGUACUCUACAAGAAGAUCCUUGAGAAGCUCAAGAACAACCGCGACCUCAGCCAGCGCGACGUUCUCACCGCUGUCGCCCUCAACGGCGGCAAGUACCCGACCGAGGUCUUCCGCCACCUCAUCGUCCACCAGAACUCCGCCAUGUGCCACUGGGGCAACAACGUCCAGGCCCAGCAUGCCCUUUACGAGGAUGACGAGUUCCAGGAUACUCGGGCUCAGAACACCGUUGUCAGCGACACUAUGGCCAACCUUGAGUCCUUCGCUGAUGCGAUGCAUGAUAAGGAUAAGAGUAAGGAGAUCCGAAAGAAGGUCCGCGAGCUGAAGGACAUUAUGAAAGGAGACCUCGGUCUUCUCCGUCACACCCUGGGUGGCCGCAUUCAGAAGAAUACUGGCGGAGGCGGAAGAGUCGCCAUCGGAGGCAUCGGCAACGAUCUUACUCGCCUUAACAGCCUUACCGGCGGAGGCGGUACCGCUGGUGUCCUUGCUGGAGGUGCUGGAGAUACUGGUGGUGUUGCUGGUGUCCAUAGUACUGGCGGUACUGGUGGUGUCGGCGGCGGUGGUGGUCACUUGGGUACCGUGGGUGACUUCCAGACUCAGCUUCGCCCUACUCAUCAGCGUCAUGACUCUGUCACCUCUUCUGCUGGCGGUCUCUUUGCCGGCCAGGAUGGAGCUACUCCCAGAGGUUACGAGACGCUCCAGAGCCAGGUGCAGGGCAACGGAAGCCUUGGUAUCGAGGGUGGUGGUAUGGGUGGCUUGGGCAGUGCUCGCCUUCAUGUUAAGAGAGAGGCCUUCAGCCCCGGCUCCGACUCUAGAGUUCCUGACCCCUUUAGCCCUUCUUAUUAG